UUUGAUUUAUCAUGUUUUGUCUGUCUUUCAUUUUGCUAAUUUUGUCAGUAAUUCGAGAAAGAAACUUUUUAUAAACGACCUAGAUGCUGAAAAUCAAUUAUAAUUACUUAUUGGCCAAUUCUGAUAUUCUAACCUAAAUCGAGACAUAAUUUAACCAGUUGAUUCUUUUCAUGCCAAAAAUAGCUGAAAAGGUGUACUUGUGUAUCGCAAAUAUACUUUCAAAACUUCUUCCGGUCUGCUCUUAUUCCUGGUCUCACCAUGACCUCAUUAUUUUGGCCUGUUGCUCCUGAUGAGGUUGAAUAUAAGAAUCGCAGCAAAAUAUCAGUUGUUGGUUGUGGAGCAGUUGGAACAUCGAUUGCAUUUUCUCUGCUCGAUAUGGCUGGUGCAAUUGCCCUAAUUGAUGUCAAUGAAUUUAAGGUAAAGGGUGAAGUCAUGGAUUUGAUGCAAGGUCAGAUGUUCUCCGGAUAUUGUAAAAUUACUGGUGGUUCCGACUUUAAAUUGACGACAAAUUCAGAUAUUAUCGUAGUUACAGCAUGUGUGACUGAUAAAAACGAAAAUCCUGAACAACAAUUAGUAAAAAAUGUUAAACUUUAUCAGGAAAUAAUCCCUAAGAUUACUUAUCAUAGUCCUCAAUGUGUUUUGUUGAUUGUCACAAAUCCAGUUGAUAUAAUGACACAUGUAGCCGCCAAACUCAGUGGUUUCCCGAAACAUCGAGUUUUUGGUACUGGGACAAUUUUGGACUCAGCAAGAUUCCGUUAUCUUCUUGGUCAGAAAUUUAGUGUCGAUGCCUCAUCAGUUAAUGGUUAUAUAAUUGGAGAACUUGGUGAAAAUAGUAUACCUUUAUGGAGUACCGUGAAUAUUGCUGGUGAACGUUUAGUCACAAAAAAUGCACAUAUUGGAUGUUCAAGUGAUCCUGAAAAUUUCAAAUUGGUUUAUGAAUCGACAAUCAAAAGUACAGAAGAACUUAACCGAUUAAAAGGUUGUAAUUCAUGGUCUAUUGGACUUGCUUGUCGUGCCAUAUGUGAUGCUAUAAUACACAAUCUUCAUACCAUUUAUCCCGUCUCAGUGUAUGUUAAAGAUGUGAAUGGGAUCCAAGAAGACGCUUUUCUGAGUUUUCCUUCUUUGAUCAACUCUAAAGGAAUAAGUCAUAUAAUACCACAGCAGUUAAAUCCUGAUGAAGAAAGGAAAAUAAAACAAAGUGUUCAGAAGCAAAUAAACAUGGUGAUACAUCUAGGCAUAUGAAGCUUCACUGUAAUGGAUAUUUUCAGUUUGUUCAGAAUGACUUUUAUUAUUUAUCCGUGAGUUUUUGCCAUUUUGAUAAACUACUUUUAAUACACUAGUGCAUUGGAAGUACUUCAGAUGAAUUUUCUUUCAUUUGAGUGUGUUUUUAUCAGUAACAGAUAGAAAAUAGUAUAAUCAAAAUUUACCUCAAUUAAACAGACGUGUGGUAGCUAUUGUCCUGUUAUGGUUACAACUAAUAAUUACUAGUAAUGGUUUUAAUACAAUAAGAAUGGCAGC